UUCAAUAUGACUUCUUGUAUAUUGUAUAUGUUACAUUUAACAUUUCUGACAAGUAUCGCAGCGUUAAAAACUGGCAUAGAUGGAUUUGAAUACAAGUUUCACAGAUACAACCAAUUUGAUGACUUUAUCGAUUGGUAUGGAGUCUUAUUAGCUGAAAAAUAUCCAGAUGUUGUAACAACCGAGUUUCCAAUGAAUACCACCGAAAUGCGUGGAAUACCACUAAUAAAAAUAAGCAAAAAUCCUGAAAUUGAAAAUGUAAUUAUAUUCAUAGAAGCUGGUAUACAUGGAAAUGAAUGGUUAACCACUGCAGUUGCAAUGUAUCUUAUCCGAGAAUUAGUUGAGAACAAAGAAAAUGAUGAUUUAAUAUCAGAAAUUGAUUGGUACAUAGCCCCAGUUGUUAACCCCGACGGAUAUCAAUACAGUUUCAAACAGGUAAAAACAAAUUUAAUUAAGUUAAAUAUUAAAAAAUUAAGUAAAAAACUAAUUUAGAAUAGAGCUUGGGAAAA